GAGUUGUGGCAGCUGCUGCCGGAGGUUUCAGUACCUCGGGAGAACGGCUGCAAGACAGCAAGGUGGGCGGGAGGCGCUGCAGCUGUCUGGACCCGCAGCCGCCCUCUGCUUACCUGCCCCGCUCCUCUCCACUCCUGCCCUACCCCUCACCGCGCCAAGCGCACGCGCCCCCCAGGGACUGUUAGGAAGAGUCUCCUCAGAGUGAGCGGCCGCACCAGACCCCUCUCCCCGCUCACCACCUUCCCCCACCCUCCCGCCGGCGCUGAAGGAGUCUGGUCCCCCGGGGACACGGCGACGGCACAGGCUCGGUGAACCGGGACGGGCGGGAGGGCUGUGCGUUACCUCAGGGACGGGACAGGUGGUCAGUCCGGGAGUGGCCGGGCUGGCCGAGGAGGUCGCUUCUUACUGUCGGUCGGUCCUCAGGGGUGGGUCGUGAGGAAAGUGAGGUGCUUCUUUCCCGACCGGGAUCUCGGGAGUGGGCAGAUAGGAGGAUCAAGGACAGAAACGGCUGCCGGGCACUUGCUGGGGUGGGCAGAUAACCGGAUAACAGGAGUCGCGACAGCAGCUGUGGGAGGAGAGCGUUGGCGCGGAGAAGGAAUCCGCUCCCCCUGAAACCCUGGGGGCAGAGAUAGCCCUGGCUGAAAGGCUUUUGAGAGGAAGAGGAAAUUGAAUGUAGCUGGAUUUUUGUGGUUUUGUUAAUCAAGGAACGAAGGCAAAUCUUGGGCAGGAAAGGUAGAUGGAACCUACUUUUUGGAUGCUACCUUGAAUUUUUUUUUUUUUUUUAAAAUCAUUUACCUUUCUAUUUUCCCCACUGAUAAAUGUGGAUUUUCUGAGAGCAUCCGAUGGUGGUUGUUCCAUUGUUCCUUGUUUGAACGUAAAUCCUUGUUCUGCUGCUUGUGGAAUCUUUAUUUAUUUAGUUUUUAAGAAGAACCUUUCCAGGCAGCUUUUACGUCUGACAAAAUGAAGCCUUUGUGUUUUUCACUCAAUUAUACCUAGUACCGACAUUCUGUUUGGUCCAAGACACUUAAAAGAGCUGCCUCAGUUCGGAGGGACCAUUUAAAGACUUUUUUUCGCUUACAUGUAGCUGAAUGUGUUGCAACACAGCUUUUUUCCCCCCUCUAAUCUUCCGAAAGAUUUUUCCAAAAUGAAGAAAUUCAAUUUUCGCAAAGUUUUGGACGGUUUAACUGCCUCAUCCCCUGGUGGAAGCAGUGGUGGUGGCAGUGGUGGUGGUGGAAGUGGGGCUGGCGGUGGCUCCGUUCACCCAGGAGGGACUGCAGGAGCUGCAGGGACACCCAGGGAGGAGAUCCAAGAGACGCUCACUUCAGAUUAUUUUCAAAUCUGUAAGACGGUUCGCCAUGGUUUUCCUUAUCUACCCACUGCCUUAGCUUUUGACCCAGUUCAGAAAAUUCUGGCAAUUGGAACAAGAACAGGAGCCAUUCGAAUAUUGGGCAGGCCUGGUGUUGAUUGCUACUGCCAACAUGAAAGCAGUGCCGCAGUUCUGCAGCUCCAGUUCUUAAUCAAUGAGGGUGCUCUGGUCAGUGCAAGUGCAGAUGAUGCACUUCAUCUAUGGAAUCUCCGACAGAAACGACCAGCUAUCCUACACUCUCUGAAAUUUAACAGAGAAAGGAUUACUUACUGCCACCUGCCUUUCCAGAGUAAAUGGCUUUACGUCGGAACAGAGAGAGGAAACACGCACAUUGUAAAUAUUGAGUCCUUCAUUCUUUCUGGAUAUGUUAUCAUGUGGAACAAGGCAAUAGAAUUAUCCACAAAGACUCACCCGGGGCCAGUUGUACAUUUAAGUGACAGCCCAAGAGAUGAAGGAAAACUAUUGAUAGGCUAUGAAAAUGGGACUGUAGUACUCUGGGACUUACGAUCCAAAAGAGCUGAUCUGAGAGCUUAUUAUGAUGAGGCUAUCCAUUCUGUCGCUUGGCAUCAUGAAGGCAAACAGUUCAUGUGCAGUCACUCUGAUGGCAGCUUGACCCUAUGGAAUCUGAAAAGUCCUAACAGACCAUUCCAGACCACAAUUCCACAUGGAAAAGUUCAAAGAGAUGGAAAAAAACCUGAGUCUUGUAAACCAAUUCUUAAAGUAGAGUACAAGACCUGUAAAAACAGUGAACCAUUUGUCAUAUUCUCUGGAGGACUGUCAUAUGAUAAGCCUUGUCGAAGACCAAGUUUAACAAUCAUGCAUGGGAAAGCAAUUACAGUUCUUGAAAUGGAUCACCCUAUAGUUGAUUUUUUAACUCUUUGUGAAACUCCAUAUCCAAAUGAAUUUCAAGAACCCUAUGCUGUAGUUGUGCUGUUGGAAAAAGAUCUCAUUGUUGUUGACCUGACACAAAGCAAUUUUCCAAUCUUUGAAAAUCCAUAUCCUAUUGACAUUCAUGAGUCACCUGUUACCUGCACAGAAUAUUUUGCGGACUGUCCUCCAGAUUUGAUUCCUGUGCUCUAUUCUGUAGGAGCAAAGCACAAAAAGCAAGGAUACAGCAAUAAGGAGUGGCCUAUCAACGGUGGAGCAUGGAACCUUGGCGCUCAGACAUACCCUGAAAUCAUUAUUACAGGCCAUGCAGAUGGAUCAGUAAAGUUUUGGGAUGCUUCUGCCAUUACUCUGCAGAUGUUGUACAAAUUAAAAACGUCCAAGGUCUUUGAAAAACAGAAAACAGGAGAAGGAAAAGCCACAGCUGAGAUAGUGGAAGAAGAUCCUUUUGCCAUUCAGAUGAUGUACUGGUGUCCUGAAAGCCGAAUUUUCUGUGUGGCAGGGGUUUCUGCCUAUGUGGUUGUUUACAGGUUCAGCAAACAUGAAGUAAAUACUGAAAUUGCAUCAUUAGAGGUACGACUUCAGUAUGAAGUAGAAGAUAUCAUUACUCCUGAACCGGAAACAAAUCCUCCAUUUCCAGAUGCCUCCUCUCAGCUUCCUUCUUUAAAGAGCCUUUCAGGCAGUACCAACACUGUAGCAUGUGAAGGAACAAUGAAGGAUAGCAUCCCAUGUCUUAGUGUUAAGAUGCGCCCUGUGCGGAUGCCUCCCGGAUACCAAGCAGAUCUUGUUAUUCAAUUGGUGUGGGUGGAUGGUGAGCCUCCACAACAGAUUACCAGCCUUGCUGUAAACUCUGCUUAUGGACUAGUGGCAUUUGGCAACUGCAGUGGUUUGGCUGUUGUGGACUUCAUGCAGAGGACAGUACUUCUGAGCAUGGGAACCCUUGACCUCUAUGGAUCAAGUGAUCCAUACCAGCGUCAACCCCGUUCACCUCGCAAAAGCAAGCAGUUUGCUGCAGACAACUUUUGCAUGCGUGGCCUGUCUAACUUUUAUCCAGAUUUAACGAAACGGAUCCGUACUUCCUAUCAGAGCCUGACUGAACUCAGUGACAGUCCAGUUUCCCUGGAGCUAGAGCGUUGCAAGUCUCCCACUUCAGUUAAAGGAUCAAGAAAGUUAAGUCUGCCAACAGAUCUUAAGACUGAUCUUGAUCAUGUGAAUGGUCACUGUACAAGCCCAACAUCCCAGAGCUGCAGUUCAGGAAAACGACUUUCCAGCGCAGAUGCCUCAAAAGCAAACCGACGAGGGCCUGGAAGGCCCCCCUUCAGAAAAGCACAGUCUGCAGCCUGCAUGGAGAUUUCUCUCCCAGUCACCACAGAAGAAAACAGGGAAAACUCCUUUAGCCGUUCCCGAAGCUCCAGUGUGUCCAGUAUCGACAGGGACUCAAAGGAAGCAAUUACUGCAUUGUACUUCAUGGAGUCCUUUGUGCGGAAGAAUGACUCCGCUGUCUCUCCCUGUCUCUGGGUCGGAACGGGCCUCGGUAUGGUCUUAAUCCUCUCCCUUAAUCUGCCUGCUAGUGACGACUUACGUCAGUCAGAGCCAAUCAUGGUUUCGCCAAGCGGCACAGUCCUGACACUGAAAGGAGCCGUGCUGACCUUUGCGUGCUUGGACUGCAUGGGGACAUUGACACACCCACCGUAUGAAGUAUGGAGGGACCCACACAGUGCUGAUGAUGGUGAAAAAACAAGGAAAAGGAAACUUGUCAUGCAUUCCCCUUCCUCCUCCCAGGAUAUGGGUGAUCAUCAAUUUGCAGUCAUUUGUUCAGAAAAACAAGCCAAAGUCUUCUCAUUGCCUUCCCAAACAUGUCUUUAUGUCCACAACAUCACCGAAACGUCCUUUUUAUUGCGAGCAGAUGUGGUCACCCUCUGUAACAGCGUCUGUCUGGCGUGCUUUUGUGCCAAUGGGCACAUCAUGACACUGAGCUUGCCCAGCCUUCGUCCGCUGCUGGACAUCAACUAUUUGCCUGUGACAGACAUGAGGAUAGCACGGACCUUUUGUUUUACUAAUGAAGGACAAGCUUUGUAUCUCAGCUCUCCCACAGAGAUCCAACGCCUGACCUACAGCCAAGAGAUGUGUGACAAUCUGCAGGACAUGCUUGGGGAUUUGUUUACUCCUGUGGAAACACCAGAAGCCCAAAACAGAGGCUUUCUCAAAGGACUUUUUGGAGGAAGUGGACAAGCUUUUGACAGAGAAGAGCUCUUUGGUGAGGCCACAGCAGGAAAAGCCUCUCGCAGUCUCGCCCAGCACAUCCCUGGAUCAGGCGGAAUUGAAGGUGUGAAAGGGGCCGCAGGAGGUGUCAUUGGAGACUUGACUCGUGCACGCCUUGCCCUCGAUGAGAGAGGGCAGAAGCUGGGAGAGCUGGAUGAAAGGACAGCGAGCAUGAUGGCCAGCGCAGAGGCGUUUUCCAAACAUGCACAUGAGGUGAUGCUGAAAUACAAGGACAAAAAGUGGUACCAGUUCUAGACUUUCCAAGAAGCUGCUUGUGGCUUUACAAAGAACAUUGUUGAAGGAAGCAACAAUCAUUCCCAAAUCUACUUAGUCACUGGCCAGAAACAGAGCUGGGUUUUUUUCUCCUAGAAGAUGUUUUCCUGUUGCUAUGAUUGGAUUCAUUACAGUGGGAGGCAAGGAGAAAUCUGACAGAGCGUGAGACUGAAGCUGGAAUCAUGUGGGUCUUACUCCAACAGCUGGCUCAAUGCAGCAGCCAACGUCUUUCCAGAAGGGACUCAACCCAUCACACUGUGGCAUGUAGUUUUGGUUUUGUUGUUUGGUUUUUUUUUCCCUAGAAGCUGUAGGUAUGAACUGUGGGAAGUGUGUCUGGUUAAAAAUACUCUGUACAAUUUGAAAUGUUAAAUGCACUUAGAAAACUUUGCAUGAAUAAAUGAAAUCAUAAAACAAAACAAACAAACAGCUAAAAAGAAAGCAUGUUGUGACCAAUAAAAUUUAAAAAAAAGAAGGGGGGGAUUUAUUUGUAUUCUGAGAAAAACAAAACUUAAAUGGGAAAAGAAAAUCUUUAUUUUUUAAAACUGAGAUGACAAAAAGCCAGUACCUUUCAAGCAUGUUUGCUGCCAUUCUUAAAGUAAAAAUUAGUUGAGCUAUGUUUUAUUACCUGCUAUUUAUUUCGCUUGAAAUCCACCUUAUUUGAAAUCAGUGCUCUUUAAUUCCUACCACAAGAAUAAAUAACUUCAGAAUCCUGUGCCCCAAAACUUACAGGUUUGUUUUUUUUCAAGUACUCAGGCAGGCACUAUCUGAAAUGCCCUUUGAGCAUGAGCAUAGAUGGAUUAUUUGCAACUCAGAUCACGGGCCAUGUCCUUCUUAUCUGUGCUUUUCAAAAUGUACUCUGGAUUAAUCUCAGUUGUCCUUGAAGGGGGCUGUGACUUUUUUUUCUCUCCUUGGUGUCUGUAUCACUUGGUUGCCUUAUUUCUUGGUAGCAGGCUGAAGAAAACCAGCUUAGGAAAUGGCUCCUUUAAAUGAGGAAAGGCAUGAGGGGAAAUUACCAGGCUGCAGGUUGGAAAGCCCUAUCAAGCAAAGCAGUGAUUUUUCUGAAGCGGUCAGUUGAAGUCCCACCAAGGAAUCUGCAUGGUAACUCAUCCUCCCCCCCAGAGCUGGUAGGGAAAGAGGCCACAGCAGUGAGGCUAACUGAUGGGCCAGGGAGGAGCACAGAAACCACUUGUCAACAUACAGUGCUGAAUUGGCACAUAUAUCAAAUGACACCCUGGGUGAGUGGGAAUUGAUUUUCUGUUCACACUGCUAAAAGUAAUUUGGUUCUGCUUCCAAGUGGCUGAUUUGGCUUCUAGAAAACUCUCCAACCUGCAGCUACAGAAGAGAGCAGUAAGUAGAACCUAUUAACCUGUCUACACCAAUAGAUAGUACAUGACUGUGCUGCAGCCACAGUAGCCUAGAAGAGCCUCACAGGUCACCAGUUAGACAUUUUUCCAACACCACCCUGGAAAAAAGGCACUGAAGUCUUUUCAUUUGCCUGGACAUAAUUUCAAAUUAAACAAGUGGGAAAACGUUGGGAAAGCAGCAUUUAAAACUUUCUGUGUGAGAACAGCUACAUCCUCUGUCCCUUCAAGGAGUCCUGACACUGAUAUAGACAGGCAGCAACUCCCUCCUAACUAGACCUUAACUGCACUGACACCUACAUCAUCCCAAGUGUUCAAAAAAACUCUCUCAAAGAUACCAUUCCCACAUCCUUCCUUUUCCUACAAUAAAAUGGAGCCCAGAAAAUUGUACAGUUCUGGUCAGGCUUCACAAUCAGCCCAGCUGUAUGAGUUAAGGGGUUGGAACAGAUCUGAGGUGUUAGGUACUGAAUGAAUGCUUUAGCAUAACAGGAACUUCAUGCUUUGUAGGAUUUUUACAGGCAAAACCAAAAUGAUGGCCCUGACAGGUCUAGCUUACCUGGGAAUUAGACUCAAUGAGUUCCUCUGUUACGGGAAAAGCUGCUCUAUAAUUGUAAGAGCCAUAGAAGCUUGUGGAGAGAAAGUCCAAAGCCCAAGCAGUGCCUCAGUUGCUGCUGAGAGUUAAGGAAUCAGGCUGUCUUUGGGGGUGAAAAAAACCAGCACACUCACCACUGAUGCCAACAGGAGCUGGGUGUGAGGACCAAGUACCUAAAAUGAGACAUAAAUGAGAAGAGCAUUACAACAAUUCUCGCUUCUGCUUAAAUGUGCAUUCACUCUGCCCGUGCUUCAAACACCCUAGUCCUUGGGCAAAAAAAUUUGCCUGUGCUUCAAACACACUAGUCUUUGGGCAACAAAAAUCUUUUCAGGCAGGAGAUCAUUCAAACCCUUCAACCAGUUUUCUAGUCUUUUUUUUGCUCCUGACUUCUCUGCUUUUUACAGAGAAGCCAAGCAGUCUUCAUUGAUAUCAAGCCAAGGUCACCCCACCAGCUCUACGCUUGGUUCUGCACCAGGCAAAUGCAGUUUGGCUCUGACACUUGUACAGCCACGGGCUGUGGGGCCAGUUUCUGCUGUGAACUGGUGUAACACCAGCAGCCUGCAGCAAUGGUAGCACCAGGCACUCAGGCAGCGGUUGGUUCACUUUGAGGAGAAAGAAGCCAGCAGUUCUGGGUUCAGUUUUCAUCUGUCCCUCAGGUGGGUGGCUAAUAUUGCAAAGAUCCCCGUUACAUUGAUUUCAAUGGAAACAGCUUCAGAGCGGAGCUAGAGCCAGUGUGCAUUCACUUAAGAGUCACGACACAACCAAAGAGCCACUCGUAAUUGCAAAUCACUACAGCACACCCAGAGAGAAAAGUCUCUUCAACAAGUCACUCACACAAUGUCUGACUGACUGCAGCUGCCAAUGGGCUCCAGCUUAACACCAGAGGGUGCAGGAGGAGGGGGGAACCUGCCAGUAGAUUUCCAUUUGUAUUUUUUGCAACAGAGAAAUGAGAAUCUAGCAACCCUCAACCAUUUUUAAUACUAAACUUUUAAGAAACUUUUCUUUAUUACUCCCCAUCAGGUCACAACUGUAUCUUGUUUUCCACUCUUACCUAUUUCCAGACAGUUACAAAUUACUCUUUCUGUUAAGUUCACCACUUGUGACUGUAAGUAUCAAUUUUCUUGUAGUCUGUAGAGACCUAAAAAGUUGUAUAUGUUUGUAUAUAGAACAUUCUAUAUAUAUAAAUAUAUGUAUGUAAUGUAUAUGUUGUAUAAGUUCGUUCGUGCACACCGUUAAAUGCUUUCUGAGAUCUGCCAUGUAUGUGGGAUAAAAACAACCAACCAAACAAAAAAACCUACAACCCUUCACUUAAAAACUUCAAUGAGGGAGGAAAACCUCUUGCCUGAUUGAUUUACUGUGAAAUGAGGGGGAGUGUGGUAUUUCAGAUAGGCCUGAGCUGAACGUCACAAAAGUCUGUGAGUGAAAGGCAUAACAAUGCAGCAUUCCAAGUACUGAGCACAGCCACUGACCUGACUUGCUCUGAGCAAAUCGAGGACAUGAGCUGUCACUGGAUGUUGAAAUCAUGUGCUUUCACCUUUCCCACCAAGCCAGCACCACCUCAAGUGAGAUCCUAAACUCAAGAUGUCCACUCAACAUUGUGCCCAUCAGUUACAAUGAACCAGACUGGCUGAAAAUACUAGUUCAAUUUUUAAAUCAUUGUUUUGUUCACCUAGACAGCCUGUUCCCUGACAGCCUUCUUUAUAGGAUCUUUCUGUCACAACCACAUCCAAAAACAGACACACAGAACUUCAACUUCAGUCCCCUCUGGGUUUGCCCAGAUCAUAGAAUCACAGAAUUGUUUUACUUGGAAAAGACCUCUAAGAUCAAGUCAUUAACAUAACACUGCCAUAGCCACUCAACCAUGUCCUGAAGUGCCAUGCCUACACGUUUUUUUAACACCUUCAGGUUCAGCAACUCCACCACUUCCCUGGGCAGCCUGUUCCAAAGCCUCUUAACCCUACAUCUGUAGGUAAAGAGAAUAUGCAGAGAAAAUCCAUUAGAUGAUUUCUGUGUUUUCAGAGUUGACAAGUCUUUGAUGAAAUACAAUCAUUAGAUUUUUAAACUUGAGCUUCAAACCUUGAAUUCAAAUACAAGAUAAAGGAAAGUGAGAAUCAGGCUUGGUUUUGUAUAGUCACCUGGUUUCUAAAUUAUUUAGAUUGUUUUGGUUUUUUUAAUAGUUCAACAAUGUCCAUCAGCCAGACAUUCAGUCAGAAUCAUAGAGCUGCUUUGCUUGAAAAAGACCUUUAACAUCCUGGCCUGGAACAGUGUGGACAAUAGGACAAGGGAAGUUAUUCUACCCCUGUACUCAACACUGGUCAGGCCACCCCUUGAGUGCUGUGCCCUGGGCUCCUCAAUUCAAGAGAGAUAUUGAGGUGUCCAGAAAAGAGCAAUGAAGCUGGUGAGAGGCCUGGAAUACAGCCCUGUGAGGAGAGGCUGAGGGAGCUGGGGGUGUUUAGCCUGGAGAAGAGGAGGCUCAGGGGUGACCUCAUUGCUGCUUACAACUACCUGAAGGGAGGUUGUAGCCAGGUGGGGGUUGGUUUCUUCUCCCAACCAGCAGCAGAAUAAGGGGAUACAGUCUCAAGUUGUGCUGGAGGAGCUCUAGGGUGGAUGUUAGGAGGAAGUUCUUGCCAGAGAAAGUGAUUUGCGUUUAGAAUGGGCUGCCCAGGGAGGUGGUGGAGUCACCGUCCCUGGAAGUGUUCAAGAAAAGCCUGGAUGAGGCACUUAGUGCCAUGGUCUGGUUGAUUGGCCAGGGCUGGGUGCUAGGUUGGACUGGAUGAUCUUGGAGGUCUCUUCCAACCUAGUUGAUUCUAUGAUCAAGUCCAACCAUUAUCUAACUUCACUAAGUCUGUGGCUAAAUCAUAUCCUUCAGCACCACCUCUCUGCGUCCCACACCUUGUUACACAAAUACUUAACAGAAAUAAUCUAUUUGCUACAUGUAUAAAAUGAUCAGAGACAAAUUCUCUGAAAUACUUUAUAUGUUUCUGUUGCUGGAGCCCUUUCACACCACUGUGUGUGUAUCAUAGUGAAGACAAGCAUACAGAAUUUUUUGUUGUGGCUAUAUAGUUUAAGAAGCAAACAAAACUCCACCAUUUCUAAAUGGUGUGUAUCAUAAGCAAAAAAAAGGCCAAAUUUCAGUUUAUGAUGCCAUUUAUAAUAAUAAUAUAGUUAUUAUAAUACUAAUAAUUCAGUUAACUGUAUCAUAACAAGCCAAAAAAGCAAAUUUUCAGUGCAUGAUGCCACUUAAAAAAUAAUAUAGUUAUUAUAAUAAUAGUAAUUCAGUUAACUGUGUAUUAUAACAAGCCAAAAAAGCCAAACUUCAGUGAAUGAUGCCCUUUAAAUGCCUGGCCCUCCCAUACACCCCUUUUUUGUUUGCAAGCUAAAGGUGAAUUCAAGCACAGGAUGUUUGAGUCUUGAAUGUCUUUUGUCUUGGUAUGGUCUGAGUAAGAACACACCCUCUAUCGUUUAGGAACUCUGUGUGGCCAUUUGUAGUCAGCUCCUCAUCUUAGGUGUAUAAGCAAUAGUCACAUAAAUGAGUGUGUCCAUUCAUGUGUUUUGUUUUGUGGUUAAAUCAACAAAUCAAGCAUUGUACUUUUUAAAAUAGCAACUAAUAUUCACAUUCAGUGUCAAGGAAAUGUGGACAGAAUAUGUGUGGGGUUUGUUAAUGAACCUGUAUCUCAGACGAGAGGCUAACCUGGGGCCAACCACAGGCUCCUGCGCUAACCAAGUCCUGUUUCCACAGGUCUCUUAAAUCAGCAUCACAAAAGGCAAACCGAGGCAUCUUUAACUGAGGCUGUUUUCAGUCCUCAGUGAAAAACAAAAACAAGAGGGAAAGAAAAUAAAGGAAAGAAUUGAUAUUA